UCGGUUCUUUGCACCCUGCCCCGAGGGCAUCUGGGUUCAAGCUACACUGGCCCAGGGGCCACCUGCUGUCUAACCGGGAAAGGGCCAGGUCAGCGUGUUUUGCUUCCCAGUGAGAGUUCAGUUCGCCUGUUUCAGGGUCUGGAGUGUAGACUCACCUCCCGCCCCCCCCCGCCCCCCCCCUCCCCGCCGCCGACUAAACAGUUUGCUCGCCGGGUUAGGAGAGGGCUUGAGCCUCAAUCCUGCGCCAGUCCGUCGGUUAGUUCCCCUGAAGACCGGAAGGGGUGUUGGGACCUCAUGUCCCCCCUACCACUCCCACCCCACGGAACCGGGGAUCCAGAGAGGACUCAGACUCUCUGUGCAUGGAAUCGGGGGCGAAUAGAGUGGGCAAAGAUUUGACAACCAGUAAUAUUCUGGUACCAGGUGUCACUCUGGAAUAGGGUGACCAGCAUGUUUGGAGACUGGAGAUCUUGAUCCUUCACACAACCCCUCCUGAGAGCCAGUCAAUACCCUGGUCAUCCCUGGCUGGUCCCAAGACCUCUAUCCUGCCCCUUCCUUCCUCCCUCCCUUCUUCUCUUCCUUCCUUCCUCCCUCCCUCUCUUCCUUCCUUUCUUCUUCUUGGUCAAUGGCUGACCCUUUCCAGCCUCUUUGCAGUGACCCUCAAUGAAUCUACUCACCAUCUUGGCCUGCCCCUCCUAUAUUCUUUUAGUGAAACACAUUCGUGGUUGGAAUACCCUCCUCUCUUAAGGUCCAACUAUCUCCCACCUCAGACCCUGGCCCAGUGAUCCCCUUUCAAAACCCCUGCCUCCCUCACCUCCAUCCCAGGCCCCAGCACAGGGGCUGCUGAGGACCAGUCUGGUGCAGGCCCAGUAUGGGAGACCAUAGAUACCCUUCUGCCAGGGCUAGGGACAGGCAGGAGUCCAGAGCCAAGGGUUAAGUGGGGGUAGGGUAUGGAUCAGGGCAGCCUGCGCUGCCUUGGACUCUGGCCAGUCUGAAUGUCUUGUCAGCCCUGCAGCCUCAGAUGCCAUGGCUCCUCAAAGGGUGGCCCUGUUCUUGGGAGCAGUUCCCUGUUGCCCCACUCCUAAAGGCCCUGAAGAUGAUAGGACCAUGGCCAUUGGGGCAGGGGGUGCCAAGGUCUGGUCAGUAAUAACCAGUGCUGGCACUAUGGAGAGGGGUCAGAGGGUUAGGUUCCCUCAUUUUCACCAUGACCCUAUCAUUCACAUGAUCCCCUGGGCUGCAGACCCCGGGUCAUCCCGGACUCAAGAUACCUCCUUGAGUCUCAGACCCACAACUAGGUGGUCACCAAGUUUUGCCAGGUCUACCCUCCCAAAGCCACAUUACCCUCAUCUCCAUACUAGCCUCCUUACUGAUGUCCUAAUUUAUGCUUUUAUUCCUGUGGCAUUAAACAUUAAAUCAGGCCCCAUCACUGUCCACCUAACCCCAUUUAUGACCCUCCCAUUGCAUGCAUCAUAUGCAUCUCACUCACAGUGAGUGAGGACCCUGGCGGGUAUUCUGGUUUCCCCCAACUUCUACUUCCCCAACUCUCUCAUCUCCAGCCUCAAUGGCUUCCUUGCUGCCUAGGACAGGACAUCCUCAUUCUCCCUCAGGACUUCUGCACUUGUUGCAUGGGGACCACUUUGCAGACCCCACUUUUGGGGACCCAACUGAUUUAGGUCUCAGCCCAGACAUGAUCACUGGCUUUGAAGCAGCUCCUGCCUACCUCCCAUUAGAAUAUAAUUGCUGGAAGAGCAAGCCCCUCAUUUGUCCUCCUCAGUUACCACCUGCAUAAUCCCUGGCACACAGCAGGUGCUUAAUAUAUGUUGAAUCAAUAAGUGAUGAACCACCUUCUCUAUAACCCUCCCCCUUUCCAAGAUAGGGUCCUGGUGCCUGUCAGACCUAGAGAAGAAGAUAAAGGACUGAGAGGUCCACAGGUUGGAUGUGAAUUCUGGGAAAGAGGUAGAGUGUUCCUGUGGAGCAGAACAUUCUGAGCAAAGGCUAGAGGUGGGACUGAGGAGCCAGGCCAGUUGUGGUAUCUUCCUCAGUUCUCACAGCUGGUGAGCGGGGAUGUGGCUUUGCUGGGCGGGGGCCCCUACAUGCUCUGCACUGAUGGGCAGCAGCUGCUGCGACAGGUCCUGCACCCUGAGGCCUCCAGGAAGAACCUGGUGCUCCCCGACACCUUCUUCUCCUUCUACGACCUCCGCAGAGAGUUCCACGUGCAGCACCCGAGCACCCGCCCUGCCAGGGAUCUCACUGUGGCCACCAUGGCACAGGACUUGGGGCUGGAGACAGAUGCCACAGAGGACGAUUUUGGGGUGUGGGAAGUGAAGACAAUGGUAGCUGUCAUCCUCCACCUGCUUGAUGGACCCAGCGGUCAACUGUUUUUGAAGCCCGAAGUGGUAAAGCAGAAAUAUGAGACAGGGCCUUGCAGCAAGGCCGACGUGGUGGACAGCGAGACUGUGGUUCGGGCUCGCGGGCUGCCCUGGCAGUCAUCAGACCAGGACGUGGCUAGAUUCUUCAAAGGGCUCAAUAUUGCCAGGGGUGGUGUAGCACUGUGCCUCAACGCCCAGGGCCGCAGAAAUGGUGAGGCCCUCAUCCGUUUUGUGGACAGCGAGCAGCGGGACCUAGCACUGCAGAGACACAAGCACCACAUGGGUGUCCGCUAUAUCGAGGUAUAUAAAGCAACAGGAGAGGAGUUUGUAAAGAUCGCAGGGGGCACUUCACUAGAGGUGGCUCGUUUCCUGUCACGGGAAGACCAAGUGAUCCUGCGGCUGCGGGGACUGCCCUUCUCGGCUGGGCCAGCAGAUGUGCUAGGCUUCCUGGGGCCAGAGUGCCCAGUGACUGGGGGUGCCGAUGGGCUGCUCUUUGUGCGCCACCCUGACGGCCGGCCCACUGGUGAUGCCUUUGCCCUCUUCGCCUGUGAGGAGCUGGCACAGGCUGCAUUACGCAGGCAUAAGGGCACGCUGGGUAAGCGAUACAUUGAACUCUUCCGGAGCACUGCAGCCGAGGUGCAGCAGGUCCUGAACCGCUAUGCCUCCAGCCCACUCCUUCCCACACUGACUGCUCCACUGCUGCCCAUCCCCUUCCCACUGGCAGCUGGGACCGGGAGAGACUGUGUACGCCUUCGAGGCCUGCCCUACACAGCCACCAUCGAAGACAUCCUAAGCUUUCUGGGGGAGGCAGCGGCUGACAUUCGGCCCCACGGUGUGCAUAUGGUACUCAACCAGCAGGGCCGGCCAUCGGGUGAUGCCUUCAUCCAGAUGACAUCAGCAGAGCGGGCCCUAGCUGCUGCUCAGCGUUGCCAUAAGAAAGCAAUGAAGGAACGCUAUGUGGAGGUGGUCCCCUGCUCCACAGAGGAGAUGAGCCAUGUCCUGAUGGGGGGCACCUUGGGCCGCAGUGGCAUGUCCCCUCCACCCUGCAAGCUGCCCUGUGAGUGUCCCAGGGGGCUGGGGAAGAAGGAGGCAUGUGGGGGCCAGGCUGUUAUAACCCUCACUUUCUACGGUGGGGAUUCCCUUCUGGCUGCCCCAUCCAGGGCAGUGAUGGGCUGCCUGCAGAUACGCUCUCUACUUCUGCCUCUAGGCCUCUCACCGCCCACCUACGCCACCUUCCAGGCCACCCCAACACUCAUUCCCACUGAGACAGCAGCUCUGUAUCCCUCUUCAGCACUGCUCCCAGCUGCCAGGGUGCCCGCUGCCCCCACCCCGGUGGCCUACUACCCAGGGCCAGCCACUCAACUCUACAUGAACUACACAGCUUACUACCCCAGCCCCCCAGUCUCCCCCACCACUGUGGGCUACCUCACCACGCCCCCUGCUGCCCUGGCCUCUGCUCCCACCUCAGUGUUGUCCCAGCCAGGAGCGCUGGUCCGUAUGCAGGGUGUCCCAUACACAGCUGGUAUGAAGGAUCUGCUCAGCAUCUUCCAGGCCUACCAGCUAGCCCCUGAUGACUACACCAGUCUGGUGCCUGUUGGUGACCCACCUCGCACUGUGCUACAGGCCCCCAAAGAAUGGGUGUGUUUGUAGGUGAGGGAGCCAGGAGGUAAGAGCUGGCUGAUGUCCUCAGCUAACGGGACUCUCUCUCCUGCAUCCAGAGAACCAGCGCCCUCAACCUGGUUGGUAGCUUCUUUCUGGCUUGUCAAAAUUCUCAGAAGGCCCCCAGAGCUCAAGCCCCAGCUCCAUCCCCCCUACUUAUUACUCUGCCUGUCCACCCCAAAGACGAUGGCUGGACCCUGAAUGCAGGGCUGGGGGUGGAAUGGCACUACCCUGCUCCCAGUGGUCUGAUCUGGGCCUCUUAAGUAGCAGAGAGCCCUUGUUCUGUUUUGGCUAUGGUCCAUGCCUACAGAUUCCAUAGGGCUGAUAUCCAUAGCAGGCUUGCUUUCUUUUUGAAAAAUGUAAACCCUGGUGCCUUCAGUGUAUGACUCCAGGGGGCUUCUGAGUAAAGAUCCCAAUGUUCUACCUUCCCCUGUCCCUUCUGGUGGGGGGCAGGGUGGCAGAGAGCGCUGGCCCCAGUUCCCAGGAUACUGACCUCUGUGGUCACAUUGCCGCCAGGGGUGGUCCCACCUAAGGAUGCUAGCCCCCUUCUAGCUUGACACAAAGAAUAACAGAUGGCAAAAAUCACAGGCCGUUUUGAUGGACUGUACUGCAAUAUCCCCAGAGGACAAUAGGGGGCAGGAGGCCCGCACACAAAAACUCAGGCUUGACUUUUAAAGGGACUUCUGCCUACUUUUCAUGCACACCUUGGGCAGGUCAGUUGUCCUGAACUCAGCAGACACCUUGGAAUGUCCUUUGCACCCAUUAGAGGGUGCUGAACUGAAGCUUCGGAAGGAAUUUGGAACUCUAC